GAGAGAGAGAGAGAUCGAAGAUGUGUAGCUUAACAAGUCCGGCCGGCGAAGUAAAACAGAGUACGAGAAAAUCGAAAAGGAUCAAGAAGAGGAAGCAGAUGGAAUCAACUUCCAUGAACACGUCUCCUUCCACGUCUCGUAAACAGAUCAGGACAAAGACGAAACGACCCAAAUUUCUAAGUCUCAAACUCGAACUCAGCACUUCUCACGAGAGUCCCAAAGCCACGAAGAGCAAUAAAAAGAAGAAGAAGAAACAAAAACAAAAACCAUCGAAACAGAGCAAGACGAAAGAAACCGAUACGAAGCCGUUUAAAGACAAGAAGAGAGCGGAGACUAUAGGAUGCGAGAAAGAAGAAGAGCAGUACGAAAACACCGUAGCAGCUUACCUCUUCAGCUCCGCCACCGACAGCUCAAUGUCUUCGAUCCAAGAUCUCCUUCCUUCCUCCUCCACCCACCACGUAGAGAGGAAUCUGUCUCCGUACGACAGUCAUCACCACGAGCACCACGGAGGAUCGUCUUCUUCUUCCUCGCUUCUGAAGACGGCGAUGAGGAAAGGAGCGAGCAAGGAGGAGGAGACGACGGAGGAGAGGUGGGUGAGUUACUCGGAGGUUGUGGAGGAGGUGAUGAGUAGGAGCGGAACUCCACGGCCUGAUGGAAAAGAUGGAAGGCCUUCUUCGCUGGCUCUGAAGCUUGAUUAUGAGCAGAUCAUGGAGGCUUGGUCGGAUAAAGGUACUCUUUAUGUCGACGGAGAACCGCCGCAGACUGUGCCGGACUUGCAUGCCUCCGCUGAUGUGUUUACUGGCGGUGGAGAGGCAGGGAGUUUAUGGACGGUGCCGGAGAUGGAGACGACAGAGAGGUUGUGGAGAGGGCAUAGAGAAGCGAGCUUGCUCCGGUAUAAAGAGAAACGACAAAACCGUCUUUUCUCUAAGCGGAUUCGAUACGAAGUUCGUAAACUCAACGCUGAGAAACGUCCUCGUGUUAAAGGACGGUUUGUGAAGAGAGACGAUUAGUAAAAGUGUAAAACCCACUAAGAAGUGGUGGUUUAGACUUGAGGGUUUGUGGACAUACCAGUCUAUUGAAAUAACCAAGAGGUGGAACCGGAGUAUACCGACCGAGACAUGAAAGGUAUUGGUAUGUAUAGGGGUCUCGACCAGCUCGGUUAUGCAAAACUUUCGGUUUGUUUGCAGCUCUCUUGACGGAGAAGUUAACUAAUUUGUACCAAAUCGUCUGAACAAAUAAUAAUAAUGACAGUGGAUAUUAACCACGCAUGAUCAUAUUGUUUUGAUUUUUCGACAUAUAAUUAUCAGUAAGAAAACUAAUUGAAAGUAUGGAACCCUCUG